UGAAGGAAGGAUCAGUCCUGUGACUUUGCAUCCUCUCCAAGAAAUAUACCCCGCACCUAGUGUGUGAUACUCCAAAAUGGAUGUUCUACUUUGAUCCGGACAUGUGCUGACCAGAAGAAUCUUUUCUGUAGCCCGUGGAGUAGAUCGUGCCUUAUAAAGAUGGGGUUUGGAAGCGACCUGAAGAAUUCACAUGACGCUCUGUUAAAAUUGCAAGAUUGGGAGUUACGGCUACUGGAAACAGUAAAAAAAUUUAUGACUCUGCGGAUAAAAAGCGACAAAGAAUAUGCUUGUACUUUACAGAACCUGUGCAAUCAAGUUGAUAAGGACAGUACUAUCCAAAUGGAUUACGUUAGCAAUGUAUCCAAGUCUUGGUCACUCAUGAUCCAGCAGACGGAACAACUUAGCAGAAUAAUGAAGACACACGCAGAAGACCUUAACUCUGGACCACUACAUAGACUUACCAUGAUGAUCAAAGACAAGCAGCAAGUUAAGAAGAGCUAUGUAGGUGUUCAUCAGCAAAUUGAGGCAGAGAUGUUCAAGGUCACAAAGACGGAAUUGGAGAAAUUAAAAUCGAGCUACCGGCAACUAAUAAAAGAAGUGAAUUCUGCUAAAGAGAAAUACAAAGAAGCUUUGGCUAAAGGGAAGGAAGCAGAAAAAGCGAAAGAUCGUUACGACAAAGUUACGAUGAAACUUCACAUAUUGCACAAUCAGUACGUGUUGGCUUUGAAAGGUGCACAGCUUCAUCAGCAUCAGUAUUAUGACACUACUCUUCCUCUGCUCCUGAACUCCCUGCAAAGAAUGCAAGAAGAAAUGAUAAAAGCACUAAAAGGGAUAUUUGAUGAAUACAGUCAAAUUACCAGUCUUGUUACUGAGGAGAUUGUAAAUGUCCAUAAAGAGAUCCAGACUUCAGUUGAACAAAUAGAUCCUAGUACAGAAUAUGAUAAUUUCAUAGAGACUCACAGAGCUCCAGCUGUUAAACAAGAAAUUGAAUUUGAUACUUCCUUACUGGAGGAAAAUGAAAAUCUUCAAGCUAACGAGAUCAUGUGGAAUAAUUUAACAGCGGAAAGUUUGCAAGCUAUGUUAAAAACAGUAGCGGAAGAACUAAUUCAAACACAGCAGACCCUUUUAAACAAAGAAGAAAUCUUGCUCGAACUGGAGAAAAGGAUUGAAGAUUCUUCAAAGACCUGUGAAAAGAAAUCUGAUAUUGUGCUCUUGCUGAACCAAAAACAGACACUGGAAGAAUUAAAACAGUCAAUCCAGCAGUUGAAAUGUACAGAAGCUAAAUUUGCAGCCCAGAAAGAACUCUUAGAACAAAAAGUGCAAGAGAAUGAUGGGAAAGAGCCACCGCCUGUUGUAAAUUAUGAAGAAGAUGCCAGAUCUGUCACAUCUAUAGAAAGGAAAGAGAAGGUAUCCAAAUUUGAUACCCUUCGCCAUUCGAUUGCAGGCAUGAUACGGUCUCCCAAAUCUAUGUUGGGCUCUUCAUCGUUUUUGGAAGUAAUACCCACAAGUGAGAAACCUUUGCCAGAGCAAGACUGGUAUCAUGGUGCAAUUCCUCGAAUAGAAGCCCAAGAACUGCUAAAGCAGCAAGGAGACUUCUUGGUGCGAGAGAGCCACGGGAAACCUGGUGAAUAUGUCCUUUCUGUGUUUUCGGAUGGUCAGCGGAGACACUUCAUUAUACAGUAUGCUGAUAAUCAAUAUCGAUUUGAAGGAACUGGAUUUUCAAAUAUUCCUCAACUUAUAGACCAUCAUUACACAACAAAGCAAGUCAUUACUAAGAAAUCAGGUGUAGUUCUGCUGAAUCCUGUCGUUAAGGACAAGAAGUGGGUUCUCAAUCACGAAGAUGUCACGUUGGGAGAAUUACUGGGCAAGGGUAACUUUGGCGAAGUGUAUAAGGGAACAUUAAAGGAUAAAACUCCUGUUGCCGUAAAAACUUGUAAAGAAGAUCUUCCUCAGGAACUGAAAAUAAAAUUUUUAUCAGAGGCCAGAAUACUCAAACAAUAUGACCACCCCAAUAUUGUCAAGCUUAUAGGCGUUUGCACACAAAGGCAGCCAAUUUACAUCAUUAUGGAACUUAUUCCAGGAGGUGAUUUCCUCUCCUUUCUGAGAAAGAAGAAAGAAGAACUAAAACCUAAACAGUUAGUGAAAUUUGCAUUAGAUGCUGCGGCUGGAAUGGCAUAUCUGGAAUCAAAAAACUGCAUACACAGGGACCUUGCUGCAAGAAACUGCCUAGUGGGUGAAAAUAACAUCCUGAAAAUCAGUGACUUUGGAAUGUCUCGUCAAGAGGAUGAUGGAGUCUAUUCCUCUUCUGGCUUAAAACAGAUUCCCAUUAAAUGGACUGCUCCGGAGGCUCUCAACUAUGGAAGAUACACUUCUGAAAGUGAUGCCUGGAGCUUUGGGAUUCUUCUCUGGGAGACCUUCAGUUUAGGUGUCUGCCCAUAUCCCGGAAUGACCAAUCAACAAGCACGGGAGCAAGUUGAGAAAGGAUACCGGAUGUCUGCCCCUCAGAAGUGUCCUGAAGACAUUUAUAAGAUAAUGCUCAGAUGCUGGGACUACAAACCUGAAAAUCGCCCCAAGUUCAGUGAAAUUUUUAAGGAGCUAAAUUCCAUCAAGAAGAAAGUGACAUAAUGACACAGUGAAACAGUUAUGCCAGGCUCCAGCCUCUGAACUCUGUUCUCCAACCAAGCAACCCUUUUCCUCAUAAACACUAUGAGCUAUAUACCCGUUAUCUGUAAUGUUCUUCUAGGGUUACUUUAUAAAUUCAACUGUUUUUUUUUUUAUAGGUGCCAUUUUGGAAAAUGCCCAAACCAUGCAUUUAAAACAGCAAAAAACAAACAAAAAAAGAAAGCGGGUUUUGCCAAGUGCUGUAUCCAGUCACAGUAAUCUUGCCAUUUAAGGUCAAUGUAAAUAGAAAAAUGCACAGGCUAUAGAUGUAGGAGACCGUGGAUUCUAUCUGUAACUCAGUUUAUUAACUACUCUGGAUAUUUCUCAAAUAUUUUCUGCCUUAUACUCCAUUCAGAGUCUGCUGCCUUAAGGUACAGAUACCUGUACCAUUGGUGCUAGAAAUCUGCUGGCAGUGCCACGUUUGUGUUAGCACAUGACUUUACCGUAAAAGCCCCUUGAACGUUAAUGAGACAAUGUUAUUCUUUCCAAAUUCUUUCCCAACCUCAUAAUUUUUAUAACCAGCAUCGUUUCGAACUUGGAAUUUGCGAUAUGUUUGAUAACUUUUUCUUCCCGUUUUUUGACCCCAAAAAAUAAGCACAGCGUAUCUGAAUCAAUAUGCACAAAUGGUUUUUUUUUUUUGGCUGGGUGAGGGUCUCUUAAUACUCAAACCUGCAGUUUUCUUUGAAAAAGAAAUUUUGGAAAAACACCUCUCCUUAAGGACAUGGUCUCAAGCAGUGGCCACUCCAUUAAAAUGUGUAGCUAGAGAAAUGUUGUCCACAGGAGAUGUGUCUGAAAUGGAAAACUCCAAACCAGCUCUGGCAUGAUGACAGAUGAGUAAAAAGUAAAUGUCAAAAUUGACUUUCUCAGACAGACUGAUAUAUCUUGAACUUUAUUUUUACUAGGUCCUUCUUUAGAGCCCAUAAUCAGUACUGAAGCUACAGAAGUUAUGCAUAUUUGAUAGGUCCUCCAGAGAAAAGGUUUUCAUGGGUAUAAGAGAUUUCCAAAGAAAUCAAAACAUACAUUGACAUCUGUAACAAGUUACCUCUGUUAAUUCUCUUCAGUUUUGAAGAAGGCCUGCCCAACUUUGCUUAUGCCCCAAUUUUUCCUAUAAUUGCUUGACUUAGGAUUCCACAAUUCUAAAUUCCAGCUAAUGGGUGCCAAGAAAGAAAACAUGUCCAUAUCCAGUGAGAGGUGAUCAAAAGGCAGAAUAGUAUUACACGGAAAAAAGCAUAGCAGCAGCUUGGUGUCGGGAUCAAUUUCUGAUCCCUCUGGUCCCUCUCAGUGACCACUCGUCAGUUUGCUAACUAGGAAUUCUUACCUUCAACAGUCAGUUAUCAGAUGACAGUGGAUAUGUUCAGCGUGUGUAUGAAUGUGAAGGCAGCAGAAAGAAUGAAUGGGACUUGUUAAGGCAUUUACCAGUGUCAGAUAUCAUGAUCAGUUUUCACUUCACUUUUUUUCCUCUUCUCUAGAGUGUACCUGUGCCGGGGAUAGUCAUUCCCAGGAGGACAGUAAUUACUUGUAAUCAUGGAUGGGCACUGAAUAUUUCCUCAUCUUAGAUUUUUAGUAUUGAGAGCACUUCUAAGAUCCUUGGUAUUUUUGAAUUGCUUCAAUUUAAAAAGGGUUUCAAAUCCGUCUGCCUUCUCUUCCAAGUUGGUACCUGUAGCGAGGUCAUCGUUGGCUCAGGAACCAAACCCAACAUUUAAAAGAAGAAGAAGGAAAAAAAUAAAGGUAAGGCGGAGGAGAAGGGAAAGGAAAAUAGCCCACCAUCAUCAUUACAAUCUCCUUGUUUUUAAAAAAAAAAACUCAGACGGUUUGGUUCAUUACAUUGAAACCAAAAUAAGCACAUAAUAAACUUGCCCUCAAAGAUGUGUCUCCACUCGUGAAGCACAGAUUUGUUUUAAUCAGUUUCCUCUGCAGUGCUAUCAGGCAAUGGUAAAUUAAGUGAGCUUUCACUUGCUGAGCAAAGCGCAGGGGGUUUAAAGAAAUGCAUUAAAGUUCCAAGUUUUUUGAAAAAGACUUGAGCCGAGAUCCCCAAAUCAUUACCAUUAUUGUUUGUAGGCACUUGUUACCUUUAAAAGCAAAGAACAAGAGAAUGUUUUGUCAUUUUCUUUUUUGGUUAGACUUCUCUAGCUCUUAACCCUUCCUUUUAGUCUUUCUUUUUUAAGAGAGAAAAGCACCCUCCUCUAACUUUCAGAAUUUUAGCAGGAAGAUAGAGCGAUCCUUUUUGUUGAAUUUUAUGUACAGGACAUGUAAGGAUACUGUAGUAUCUUAACAUACUGGGGUAAAUGAUAGAAACUGCGUUGACAUUUCACUCAUCUAUGCUGUUAAAAUUUGCAAUUCAUAUCAUAACUCUGUGUUUAAAUUGAAAAAGCUUUCCAAACACAGGGACACCUGCAGCAUUUAGAUUCCAUUUUAUUCUUUGUCCUAAAGCAGACGGCAGUUCAAUUCGAGAUUAAUAACACUUUGGGAGACUGUCAGGAUUAGAUCAGUUUUACAGAAUGUCAGAUUUAAUAUAGGCACAUGCGUUUGCGGGGGGACAAAGCAUAUAUGAACCAUUUUCUUACUGCUAAUUCUGUGUGUUUGAGACAUAAUUUAUUCAUCCCUUCUGUCACUGGUAAUUAUUGGAAUUAUGUACUUUAGGAGGCUAAUCCAUACAAAAAAAAAAAUCCAUGCAUAUAAAUGCUGUUCUUAAUUUGCUGGUUUAAGAGGAGAGAGUGAGAGACUGGCAGAGAUGCACAAAAUACUGUGAUUUGUUUAAUGAAAAUACAGUUGUAGCAUUAGGGAACCAAGUUUAAGGUUGCAAUAUGCUUUUGUAAUUAAGUCGGGUCCAAAUCGGUAUGGUGUUAAUGGAUAACCCAAGUUUGGACAUUUUGCUUUUGUAUAGUGCUUUCUACAAUUUCUUAAAUUUGGAAUAAGAUUAGAAGCUGCCCUUUCAGGUCAAACUUCACUGCCUAAGGGAUCUAACCAUCACUAACCUACUUGGGAACUUUGAUAAGUUUAUAUUAGAAAAGUUUAUGUAAUCCAUCUCCUAUACCUAUCAUAUGCCAGGUUAACGUAUUAUUAUUAGCACAUUCAAAGGUAUAUUGGAUCUACUGGAGCCUAGGGUGAUAGUUUAGAACCAACAAAACCUUUCUUUUCAGCGCAGAGAGAGUGCAAAGGCACAGCUUAUUAAGUGUUUUCCAGCCCAAGUGUUUGUUUUGAUAAAUUUGGUUGGAAUGUGCAGAAUGGGAAGGUCGCAGUUUUAGUGUUGGUUCAAAAUAGUUGAAAGAUCUUACCUUAAAUAAUAGCAUUUCCAAACUUAUGUUCACAGUCUUUCAAAAGGUGCAAUAAUCAUAAAAAUGGUUUGUUUGUAGGCACGGGUAGAUUUUUGAGUUGAAGUAGAAGUGUGUUAUGUUUUGUACAGUAUACAUUUCAUUAUUUUUUGUCAUUUUUAUCCAAAGGAAACUUCAACAAAGUGUUUAACAGUUGAAAUUGUUUUGAGGUUUCUUUAGACCUUACUAUGUUUUUUUUUUGUUUUUUUUUUCUGUCGAUUGCAUACCGGGUUUCAGUUUGGCAGGAUAGUUUUAUACUCAGUGUGGCUUGACCCCACUAAGAUGUGUGUCACAAAUUCAUUACUGCAAAAUCCCAUCAAUAGGCAGUAUGUCAAAAACCAAAUUACAACAGCAAUAUAUACCUCACACCGAGGACCACAUACUUGUAUGGACGCAACAGAAAUUGUAAGGAAACGGUAAGUUUCUGGAUUGUACAUCACUGUAGUUUCCACUGUUUAUCUCACUGUUACACUUAUUUAUGAUUAACUCUUGUGCUUUUUCAGAUGUUCAAAAUGUGUUACUGAAACAUAAAUCAAUAUACUUUUGUGUAUGCU